AGCAUCUGAGCCGUCCAAGUGUAUCUGAUCACAAUCAGAUGAAGGGUUCAGAAAUUUCUCAACUUAAAAUACGUGUCAUUCCACACAAUAUUAGCACAGAAUCUCUGAGUGCUUGAGAGAGAAGAAAAUGGCGACAAACUCUGACAACAGCGGCGCGGGCGGGAGUGGUGGUGGCGGCGGCGGCGGCCUUCACCUUUGCAUGACGAAGUACGUGGACGACGGGAGUGUGGAGAGCUACAGGUAUUACUUGGCCCGCAAGACUGUGUUGGAGAUGCUGAAAGACCGUGGUUAUGACGUGACUGAUUCGGAGGCUACUUGCUCACUCGCUGCGUUCCGUGCGGUUUUCGGCGACAAACCUGAGCCGGAAAGCCUCCGUUUGUGCUUCCCUCACCCCUCCAACUCCUCCAAAAAGAUCUUGGUUGUCUUUAUGGGCACUGUGGAAAUAAGAGUACCAACCAUUCGUGCUCUUUCCAGCCAGAUUGUUGGCAAAGAAAGUUUAAACGGGCUGAUUCUAAUCCUACAGAGCAAGAUGAACUCCUUUGCUCGGAAGGAAAUUGAGAAGCAGUUUUCAUUUAAGGUGGAGAUUUUUCAAAUCACUGACUUGUUAGCUAACAUAUCAAAGCACUUUUUGGUGCCAACACAUGAGAUACUGUCUUCUGAAGAGAAAAAGGAGCUGCUGAAGAAGCACCAGUUGGAUGACAAGCAGCUUCCCCAGUUGUUGCAAACUGAUCCUAUUGCCAAAUACUAUGGACUUGAGAAGGGGCAGGUGGUGAAGGUUACAUAUCCUGAGGAGCUUGUGAAGAACCUCGUUAUUUACCGCUGUGUGGUGUGAUGCUUCCAUGAGAGCAAAUUCUGUCGUUUUAACAUUUCCAUUCAUUUCGGUUUCAAGUUCAAUAUGAUACCUGUACAGCCAGGAAAAUGACUUGUACAUCACUUUUGGUAUAAAAUCGCAGCAGUUCA